GACCAGAGGGAAAGGCCCUGGGUGGGAACUGAAGGCCUAAUUGCCAUCCAGAGCCCUUGCUGAAGCGAGGGGGUGAUCUCUGGUAGGCUUAUUACCACGUGUAGGUUCUUUUUAUUGUAUUUAAUAUGCUUUCUCUGUAAUGCUUUAGAAAUCUGCUUGCUUAGAAACAGCUGUGUAGUCAGUUAUACCUGUGGCAGUCAUGUCGCAUACCAUCUCCGAGGGGAGAUGCUGAGGCGGUCUGUCUUUGGCAGGGGAUAUCACAGUAUAGUCAAGGGACCAUGCAGCCAAGUAAUAUCCCGGUCAGGAGGGAGAGGGACGCGGGUCUAAGCCCAAGAAAGGCAAAGCCUGAAAGUUGGGGCCUUGGUAGGAUCACUUAUGAGAAAAAUACAGGGGCUGUUGCUCUGAACUGUGUCAGUCCCUUAUGGCCUUAAAAAAAAUCUAGCGAGACAAGCUAGGGGAGGUGAUAUCUUUUAUUGGACCAACUUCUGCUGGUGAGAGAGACAAGCUUGUGAGCUACGCAAGAGAUCUUCUGGGCUCCGUGUAAGCUCCAAAACGCGGCUCCUUUGAUUCUGCUCUUUUCUAGGCUUUGGGCCAAAGUCUCUGUUCCUGGGAGGGUUUAAAAGGUCUCGGUGGUUUCGGUCCUGGGAGGAGGGGCCGGGUCUGCGCUGGAGUAAAGUGACCCAGUGGGGCAGGGUCCAGAGUGUCUGUCUGCCGGGAAGGGGCCCGGGGAGCGUUGGGGUUGUGAAAUGGACUCCAGCCCCUUCUGAAACCUCCCCCCAUCGCUCCUCUUGCCCCGACAGGCUGCAGAGUAACCACAGCUUGUCCCAUCCUCCCAGGGCCUGGGGCAGGGGAAUGGCUGCAGUGAUACCAGCUCAGGGGCCGGUGAGCUUCGAGGAGGUGGCUGUGUAUUUCACCCAGGGGCAGGGGGCUCUGCUGGACCCCGCUCAGAGAGCCCUCUACAGGGACGUCAUGCAGGAGAACUACGAGACGGUGACCUCGCUGGGAUAUCCCAUUCCCAAACCUGAGCUGAUCACCCAGCUGGAACAAGGGGAAGAGCUGUGGGUUCCGGAUCUCCAGGCCUCUGAGGAAGGGGAGAUCCCAAGAGGCACCCAUAUGGCAGGUGAAGGUACAGUGAGUGAGAUCAAGGAAGAGAAUCCACAGCAGGAAAGUCCUGAGCAACAGGAACUGCAUAGAAUGUUAUCGGAAAGAUCCAAAGAGAAUUUUUCCCAGAGUGCUGAACAGGGAAAAGUCUGCGAGAAUCAGCACAAGUCAGAGAGGCACAAAGGGAAAGAAAUGGGUAAAGCCAUUAAUUGUAGGAGAGGACUCAGUAAUCCCAAGGAAACCACAGCCCAACAGAAAAUCCAGACAGAAGAGAGAAAGUACACGUGCACUGAAUGUUGGAAAAGCUUCAGUCGUAGUUCAAACCUUAUUGCCCAUCAGAGAAUCCACACUGGAGAGAGACCCUUUAAAUGUACAGAGUGUGGGAAAAGCUUCAUUCAGAGGGUAAACCUCAUUUCUCAUCAGAGAAUCCACACGGGAGAGAGACCCUAUAAAUGUACCGAGUGUGGGAAAAGCUUCAGUAAGAGAUCGCACCUAAAUACACACACGAUAAUCCACACGGGAGAGAGACCCUAUAAAUGUACCGAGUGUGGAAAAAGUUUCGGUCAGAGAUCACAGCUUAAUACGCACAAAAUAAUCCAUGCAGGAGACACAUCCAUGAUAACCCAUGCCAGAGAGAAACAUUAUACGUGCUUGGACUGUGGAGAAAACUUGAAGUGGAGCUCAGAACUUGUUACACAUCAGAGACUCCACACAGGAGAGAUCCCUUAUAAAUGCUUCGACUGUGGGAAAUGUUUCAUGCGGAGUUCAACCCUUAUCUUACACCAGAGAAUCCACACAAGAGAGACACCCUAUCAGUGCCCUAACUGUGGGGAAAGAUUCAGGUGGAGUACGCAGCUUGUGAAGCAUCAGAUGCUCCACACGGGAGAAAGACCCUAUAAAUGUCCCGACUGUGGGAAAAGCUAUAGUGACAGCUCAUCCCUUAUUUCACAUCAGCGAACCCACACAGGAGAGAAGCCAUAUACCUGUGUGGACUGUGGGAAAAGUUUCAAUCAAAAUUCAACCCUGAACAGACACAAGAGGCUCCACACGGGAGAAAAACCCUAUAAAUGCACUGAGUGUGGGAAAAGUUUCAGUCAGCGAUCAAACCUCAGUGUGCAUCAGCGACUCCACACAGGAGAGAAACCCUAUAAAUGCCCCGACUGCGGGAAAAGCUUUAAUCGGAGAUCAAACCUUAGCGUGCACAAGAAACUCCAUGCAGGAAAGAAACUUUGAAUGGGGGAGAUGCUACAGCUGGGGCUCUGAUUUAUAUUAGGCAUCAGCAAAUCCAUACAGGGAAGAUACCUCUUAAAUAUCCUUAGCGUGGAAAAUAUUUCAAGCAGAAUUAAUGGGCCUGUCUACCCCACAGAACCUUGGCCGGGAUAGCUCUGCUGGCAGUCACCUAGUGGAUAAGCAGCGCAAGCCAACAGAGAUCUUCUGCCAAAACAGCUAAACAGCCUCCCGGAAGGAGAUUAGCUAAUCCCACAGAAGCACUAGCUGUGUCUACACUCAGAGUUUUGCCAGCAUGGCUGGGGGUGUGUGAUUUUUUUCCCCACACUCUUAGCCAACAUAGCUAUGCCGGCAAAACUUUGUAGUCUAGACAAAGCAGUUAUUGGACAACAGGAGAGAGAUUCUACCAGUGCCCUGACUAGGGCUGGCUACCGUGUUAAAAAAAUUAAAAAAUCUGUUUCCUCAUUCCCACACACAUCAGGGGCAUUUGGCUCUCAGGGAUCCAGAAGCCCAUCGCUGGGGUGAGGACCCAGCAGCAGCCGAGCAGCAGCUGGUCAGUGACCUUCUGGCUCUGCCUGGUCUAAGCAAACCCUAGGCAGAGGAGGAGAAGCCCCCAUCAGCCCCCCCCCCCCCCCCCGCUGCAGCCCUGGCUGCUGAGCUGAUGGGCCACAGGUGGGGGAUGGGAGAGAGAGAAACUCCUCCAGAUGCUCCCUCACCCUGGCUGAAGUUCCCCCUUCCCCAUUUCCCACCCAGCCGGGAUCCCCCUGCCAUGGAGAUGAGGAGAAGGUGUCAGGCCCCACCUUCACUCUAGACCCAUGUCCCCACCCCCAUCUUCCACCAGCCCCUGGGCUGGGCUCCCCCAUUUACCUGGAGCUGUUCCCUACAGGGCGAGUGUCCCUGAGGGGCUGAUAACUCCUCAUCUCCCCAAAUCUACAAGGGUGCUGGGCUCUGGGGGAUCAAAGGUUGAGACCAAGGGGGACAGGUUUUGGGAAUAGAGCUGGAGUAUUAAAUAUUGGAGCUGGGAAGCAGAGGGAGCUGAGUGCUGGGGCUAUCGGGCAUUUGGGGAUCAUGGAAUAAGAGGAGGUGGAAGGGAUGGGGUUAGGAAGAUGAUUUCUCCUAUCAUUCACGUCCUUGCUCCCCCUGUAAUUAAACAUUGACAGGGCCUACUUUCCCUUGGACCCCUUGUAGGAUCCCUAGAAAAGCCUAGAAGCCUAGGAAUCCCCUCUCAGCUUCACCACCCUCAGCCUCUGAGUGUUCUCUUAGAUUAGGAAGUGUGGACAGGGAUAGCUAGCGCAUUUCCUUCUGACCCUGGCGAAACUUUCACCCCGUUUUCUAAUCCAGACCCACACUGAGCUCGUUUAGCAGGGUGAUAGUUACCGAGUUCCCGCUUCAGGGACACAGUGACUCAUCCCCAGUUCUUCUUACCUUGCUUGCGGUCGUCCCAAAGACUUCUUUGUUUUUUAAUAAAACAGAAUGGCAUAACUGAACAGAUUAUAAAUGGAUUCGGGCAGGGAUAGAAAAAUGUUUUGUGUUAGCCUCUGUGUUACUUGAGGACAACCUGGUGAGACAGAGGGAUUCUUGCCUUUCCCCAUGACUGCUUCAUUCCCCUCUUCCCAGUUUUAUCUUAAGAACAGCCAUACUGGGUCAGACCGAUGGACCAGCUUGCCCAGUAUCCUGUCUUCCGACAAUGGCCGAUGCCAGAUGCUUCAGAGGGAAUGAUCAGAAUGGGGAAAUUAUCAAAUCCAUCCCCUGUCAUCCAGGCCCACCUCCUGGCCAUCAGAGGCUUAGGGACACCUAGAACGUGGAGUUGCCUCCCUGUCCAUGUUGGCUAAUAGCCAUUGAUCGGCCUAUCCUUUUUAUCUAAUUCUUUUUUGAACCCAGUUAUAGUUUUGGCCUUCACAACGUCACUUGGCAAUGAGUUCCACACGUUGACUGUGCGCUGUGUGAAGAAGUAUUUCCUUUUGUUUGCUUUAAACUUGAUGCCUAUUAAUUUCAUCAUUUCCCCCCUUAAUUUCAUGGAUCUUAUGUCCAUGCCAUGGAGAAUUUAUCUUCCCUUUAUCCUACCCCUGUAGUUCCCAAAGUGGCACAUGGCACAGCGUUCUCAGGUCUCCAUGCUUAGGAAUUGCGCUUUGAUUACUUUGAUCCUAAAUCAGGAGGACUGGAGCCGAAAGCAUCACAGACCCAAAGGGGGAAUUCGAAUAAAUCCCAGACACAGUAUGAUCAUUCUGAACCUAAAUCCCAGUUUCCAUCUGUUGGUAAAGAGGUUUGUGGGGUUUUGCCAGCCAAGCUCUGUUUGUUUGCAGGUGGGAAGGUUUCGUGGUGGUGGAGGUGUUUCUUUCCUUCAUUCUUUCUUUUCCCCCUUUGUUACGAUGAGGCUAAAAAUUUGAUACAUAAUACAAGGCACAAAGUGCAACAGACAAAAGGCAGUUUACAGGAGAACUCAGGUAAAGCUUUUCUUCUGCAUUUGAGUCAAAUACAACAUGUCCUGGAUUUCACUUGAUAUGAACAUGGAAGUGUACCAUAACCCCCCGUAGGGUGGCCUGUUCUCUCUUUCCUGUUGGCCAUUUGGUCACAGACUUGGAUAUUAGUGUUGUAUGACAGGAUGUAGACCAGAUUUACUGGGGGCUUCAUAAGGCAACUCACCAGAUAUCAGUAUAACCCUUAUUUUAUUUUUUUGCCAUUUUCCCAGGGGUGCUGGAACAAUUUUGUACAGUCGGGGUGCUGAGAGCUAUUGAACCAGCUUGUGAACCCUGUAUAUGAUGGAAACCACUUCAAGCCAGCACCCCAAGUUCCAGCACCUAGGCAUUUUCCCCAGCCUUUGCCCUGAGAUGUUAGCGUCGUUUGAACAGUGAUCACUGUAAACAGCCACAAACACUGAGGGGUGAAUGUGAGAGUCGCUAUCCAAAAAGCAGAGGCUAAAACGGGGCAGGAAGUUACGUCUGACCCCUAGCAGAGAUGUAAGAUACAGUCAGAUGGGGCAGCGUGGGAGGGGAGAGAGACGCAGCCGGAAUCCCGUAGGGUUUGCUUUUGAGAGCCAGACAACUGAGGCAGCAUUCGCUGCAUGGGGGCCAGCGAGACAAGAAGGUGAAUCUAAAGGGCUCUUAAUGAGCCCUCCAAGGAAAUGAUGGGGGUGUCUCCUGAUUCCCAGGAGGUUGAGCGGAGCUGAGAAGAAAGGUGGGGAAGUCAACAGGUCUGUCCUUUCCAAAAUCCAGGGUGAGCCCCAUCACUGAGGCCAGUGGCAACAAAGAGCUGUGACCCAAGUGCCUUAAGUUGAAAACAGACGCAGGUAGACAGUUACAAGUCUAUACCCAGGGACUUGCCUCGACGUACCCAGAGAGGACUGUUUCUCUGUGAUCGCCAUCCGGAUGAUACUUCACCAAAGGGGGCUGCGUGCGGGUGUUGUUAUUGCUGGAGGUACGCAUGGGAAAGGUUUUAAGGGUGUAGAAUAUUGCGUUCCCAAGCUCUUGGAGGUGAAGCUGGUCACUUGGGGCGGGGUGGCUCUCGGAGCCAACUCAGCCUAGAGUGAGAACAGUCGACAUCUUUCAACCCAGCCCAGCCAAGUGUAGACAAGGUGCAGGUGUGGGCCUUUACAAAGCACAAAAGUGUCCAAGAAAAAGACCUUGAACAGGGGACAAACGAAGUUUGGAGUUAACAAAACAUCCUGAGUCUCAAAAGAGACACAAGGUCUGGCACCACGUGAAAGGGAAAGAAGGCACAAGACAGUGUCCAUUCUGGAGGCGAUAGUCUGUCAGCGUGAGUGUCUUCAAGUGGAUUCCAGCUCUGGACGAGCAUUAUACAGACUGACUUUUGGGUGAGAAAUGCCUUAGGAGAUGGGAAAGAAACUUGUUAAUAAGCAUAGUCCUGAGAUUGCAUUUUAUAUAUUCCCUUUAUCGUAACCAUACAUUUCCCAUCCUUAUACUUGCUUCGCUCUGAAUCUUCAUUGUAAAGUUCUAGCAAAUAAACUUCUAUUUGGUGACACUAUA